AUGUAUGCCCUGUCAAGCAAGGCCAACAGAGAAGGGAAGCCUGUAGAGUCAAGUAAGUCUCCUGUAAACUUCUUGAUGCAGCUGGAGAAUUACACUCCUAUGAUCCUAGAUGCAGUGACCGCUUAUUACCUGAAUCCUGCUGGCUUUGAAACUUCAGACCCAUUCAUAAUUCGGCUCAUCUCACUAGCUGCCCAGAAGUUCAUCUCAGAUAUUGCCAACGAUGCCCUACAGCACUGCAAAAUGAAGGGAACAGCCUCUGGCAGCUCCCUGACCAAGAGCAAGGACGGCAAGUACCCUUACCAUGGAGGACUUGACCCCUGCCCUCAGCGAAUAUGGUAUCCAUGA